AUGUUACGGAGAGGGCAGGCGAUGCUGCCUUUCUUCUUAUUGACCUGGGUCUUGAGGCUCACACAAGCUCUUGCUUUAGCUCAUGAUCGCCUGCAGGAUGAAGCGGCUGCAAAUUCCAUGUCAGGGACAGGAAACUUGGAUCGUGGAGGGAACUUGAGCUUAGCUACUGAUUUAGCCAUUCCUUAUGCUGAGGACCUUUUUUCUAAACAGGAUUACUUUUCACCAAAUGGAAAAGGUGAACUUUCUGAGAUUGCCUCUGUUGAGCUGCAGAAUAACCAGCAGUCUCUUGAUCAUGUGUUUUCUGAGUCUGAUUCUACAAACGAUGGGCUUUUUGAUUUCAGCCAGCAUUAUAAGUAUGAUGAGGAUGCUCUUGAACAGCCUGGCUUUUCCAAUCCAGAUAGUGAUGACUUCAAUUCUGAUUUGACCAAGAACUCUGUUCCUUUUGCUGCUGACGACUACCCUAUGGCUUCAGACUCUGAAGGCGAUGUGGAACAUGCACUUUUUACUGAUCGGAGUAAUGACCCUGAUGACUUCCCAGAAGUCUCUGCAUAUGCUGAUUUAGCUACUUCAGAUAAAGAAAAUGUGUCUAAUACCGCUACCCUUUAUCUCAAUGAUUCGGUUAAUCUUGCAGCAGAAAUGGGUAUCGGUGAACUUGGGAAAGAGUUGGAUUCUUCUGACCACAAGUCUGGUACCUAUUCUGAAACCCUAGGCUAUGAUUCUGCUGCCUUUGCAGAUCUUGAAAAGGAAGGCACUGAUGCUUUGCAUCCUGGUGUGCAUUCCUAUCAUCGUAAGGACCAAGUUACUGGUGACCUUAAUGAAAUGCAUGUUUCUUCUUUUGACCGCUCUGUACUUACUGAUAUAAAUCUGGAGUUGGAUGAAGCUCUUUCUCCAGCUCUUAAGAUUGCCAGUGCACUCAACUCUCCUGAUCUCUCCGGAGGUCCCAGGGUGCCCAGCAGCAUCUAUGAUGCCUCUAUAGGGCCCUAUGGUACAUUUAAUCGACCUAUUGCCCCGCCAAACCCCCUUCCUCAUAGCACAGGAGAGCCAACCACCCUGGCUUCAGCAACUACAUGCAGUGUUGCAGAUAUGGCCAUCAAAUUGUUUGGUGGAAGGCUGACAGACCUCAAAGUGCGAGCUGCCUUCAUAUUUGUUGAAGUAAGCAAGAUUCCGCAGAGGUGCAGAUACAAGGUGUUUGAGAGAAAUGGAGUUGUCCACUUUACAACUGCCUUCAAAGGUUGCAAUGUGAAGAUACAGGGUGGGCAAUAUGUCCUGACCCUGAUGUGGAGAAACCACUAUGUGCAUAUGUCCUGUCCAAUUUCUACACCUGAUAAACCUGUUACAAUCUGUGGUACGAGUAGCAUGACCAUCACACUCCCAGCAGGACCAGUAGAAGCACUUCGUGUAAAAAAUAAAUUAAACAAAUGGGUAUCCAUUCACCAAGUUGCUGUUAAAUGCAAAUAUCAACUGUUGCGUGAUUCAGAGGGAAGGAUCACUUUCACUACUUCCUACAAUGGAUGUCACGUGAGGAGAUCGAUGGAUCGUUACUUCUAUAACAUCUACUAUCAAAUGGCUCCAGGGAAGCUAGGACAGGCAGUCAUGUCUUGUAGGACCGGAAUUAAUGUCACAGUCCCGCCUGAAGCGUCUUUGCCGUCUGUAUUUUGUGCCAAGUCUGGCAUGAUAAUCAAAUUGCCUAAGGGACGUCUUGAUGCAGUCAAAGUGAUAGAUGGUUUUGGCAAGGCAAUAGCUGUCGGUAGUAUUGCCAAGAAAUGUAAUUAUCAACUCUUUCAAAUGAAGACUGGACACAUCAUCUUGAUUGCUUCCUUCCAAAGCUGUCAAGUUGCGUUUGUGGAUGGUUGCUUUGCCUUGAAUAUCAAGUUCCAGCAUGCUGAUCGUGUAAUGGGAGAGCUCUCUGCGCUUUGCCAUGCAGGUGGGGGGCCAAAACCAACUUCCCAACCUGAUACUCCUACAACUCGAGAUGUAACUUCCAGUAUACUGUCUACAGUAAUUCCUGUGGAUGUGUCUGCUACCAUCUGCAACAAGGAUGGCAUGACAGUAGUUCUACCCAAUGGUCCUUGGUGGGGGAUUAGAGUGAAAGAUCUUUCUGGCAAAGAGAUCACUGUGACUAGUGAUUUUGCAGAACGAUGCCAUUACAAUCUCUCUCUGCAUCUGGAGAAAAUAAUCUUUACAACUACCUACACUGGCUGUUUUGUUGAGCAAGUGGGAGAUCGGUAUGUCCUGACUGUAAUGUACAGAACAGCUACUUGGAAUCGAGGGUCUGUGCGGAUGGAAUGCCCAACCAGUGCUGGAAGCCCUACAGAAUUGCCUCCUCUUCCAGCCACUGUGGGGAAACCCAUUCCUGUCUGCAGGUCCUCUGACAUGACUGUGGUGCUGCCUGCAGGAUCUCUGGAAAAAGUCUUGGUUCUAGAUCACCUCAACAGGCCAGUAAAAGUCAUUGAUGCGCCCAAGUCAUGCAAUUACAGCAUGGUGGAGAGAAGAGGACAGAUCCUCUUCACAGCUCCCUACAGUGCCUGUGAUGUCAAGAUCCUGAAUGGAAACUAUGUCCUGGCCAUUAUGUAUACAAGUUAUUCUGGAGACUUUGCAUCAGUGCAGAUGGAAUGCCCUACCACUGGAGAACCAACAAAACCCCCUCCCUCUACAAAACCCAUUCCUCCAACUCCUGUCUGUGGCGCUUCCAGCAUGAUCGUGGAGCUGCCUGAGGGGCCUCUGGAACAAGUCAAGAUAAUGAAUAUCUCCAAUGGGCUAUGGGUAGCUGUAAAGGAUGUCCCAAAGAACUGCAACUACACACUGAUGAAGGAAAGAGGAAGAAACCUCUUCAUAACCUCCUACAAGGCCUGUCAUGUCUGGAUACUGAAUAAAAACUAUGUCUUGACUGUAAUCUACACAACUGCAACUGGGGUAAGAGGGAUGGUGCAAAUGACUUGUCCAGCUGUAGAGACAACAUCCCUUACUACUAGGUCUACAACUAUUAGGAAGCCAGUGACUACUGGGAAACCUACAAAACCAACUCUCCCUCCCACUCCUGUCUGCAAAGCCUCCAGCAUGACUGUAGCACUGCCCUCUGGGUCACUACAAGUUUUGUUAUUGAAUCUGUCCAAUGAAUGGGUAGAUAUCAAUGCUGCUCCCAGUUACUGCAACUACAGUUUGGUGCAGGGAAGAGGCGGCAGGAACUUCUUUACAGCCCCUUACAGGGCUUGUGAUGUCCGGAUACAGAAUGGAAACUACAUGUUGACCUUGCUUUACAUAACUGCUGCUGAUAAACGAGGGUACUUGGACAUUAGAUGUCCCACCACUGGUGGGGAGCCAACAGAGACUACGAGCCCCUCUGGUGGGGAGCUGACCGGAACUACUGCUGGAGAAACGACAACUACUUGGAAACCUACAAUGCCUACUCUCCCUGACACUGCUCUCUGCAGAGCCUCCAGCAUGACUGUAGAAUUGCCCUCUGAGUUGCUUCAAGUUCUACUAUUGAGUCCAUCCAAUGAAUGGGUAGAUAUCAGUAAUGCUCCCAGUUACUGCAACUACAGUUUGGUGCAGGGAGGAGGCGGCAGGAACUUCUUUACAACCCCCUACAGGGCUUGUGAUGUCCGGGUACAGCUCUGCAGUGGAAAAACAAAGGCAUAA